AAGUAUGGCCGACCGGAGGCCGCACACAGUCACACCUGAGGAUCCCUGAGGUUCACAAGGAUGGACUUUUCCAAGCUGCCGCGGUUGGAUGAUGAGGAGCAGGAGAGCAUGCUGGGCUUUGUCCAUGGAGUGUCCGGGCCAGUGGUUACAGCAGCUCAGAUGGCGGGGGCGGCCAUGUACGAGCUGGUUCGUGUGGGUCACUCUGAGCUUGUGGGGGAGAUCAUCCGCCUGGAGGGGGACUUGGCCACCAUUCAGGUGUAUGAGGAGACCUCUGGGGUGUCUGUGGGCGACCCCGUCUUGAGGACUGGAAAACCUCUGUCAGUCGAGCUCGGUCCUGGAAUAAUGGGGAACAUCUUUGAUGGGAUCCAACGUCCACUGAAAGAUAUUGCUGAUCUCACAAAAAGUAUCUACAUCCCUCGUGGAAUCAAUGUGAACGCGCUGUCACGUGACAUCAAAUGGGAUUUUAUUCCAGAUAAGAACAUUCGGGCUGGGAGUCAUGUUACUGGUGGAGACAUUUAUGGAGUGGUCUCUGAAAACUCCCUUAUCAAGCACAAGAUCAUGGUUCCUCCUCGCAGCUGCGGCACGGUCACAUACAUCGCACCACCUGGGAACUACGAUAUUUCGGAUGUGGUCAUGGAAUUAGACUUUGAAGGCAUCAAGGAGAAGCUGACCAUGGUCCAAGUGUGGCCAGUCCGUCAGAUACGUCCAACAGCGGAGAAACUCCCAGCAAACAACCCCCUGCUGACUGGACAGAGAGUCCUGGAUGCCCUCUUCCCAUGUGUUCAGGGUGGAACCACCGCCAUCCCCGGAGCCUUCGGUUGUGGGAAGACCGUCAUCUCUCAGGCACUUUCCAAAUACUCCAACAGUGAUGUUAUCGUCUACGUGGGCUGUGGGGAGCGUGGAAACGAAAUGUCUGAGGUGCUAAGAGACUUCCCUGAGCUUACCAUGGAGGUAGAUGGGAAAACAGAAUCAAUCAUGAAAAGGACGACCCUGGUGGCCAACACAUCAAACAUGCCUGUGGCCGCCCGAGAAGCCUCAAUCUACACAGGGAUCACCCUUUCGGAGUACUUCCGAGACAUGGGCUACAAUGUCAGUAUGAUGGCUGACUCCACCUCUCGAUGGGCUGAAGCUCUAAGGGAAAUCUCUGGUCGUCUGGCAGAGAUGCCGGCUGACAGCGGCUAUCCCGCCUACCUCGGUGCCCGCCUCGCUUCUUUCUAUGAGCGGGCAGGAAGAGUCAGAUGUCUUGGAAGUCCAGGCCGAGAAGGAAGUGUCAGCAUUGUGGGAGCAGUUUCUCCUCCAGGAGGCGACUUCUCAGACCCGGUCACAUCCGCCACACUGGGUAUAGUACAGGUUUUCUGGGGCUUGGACAAGAAGUUGGCACAGAGGAAACAUUUCCCAUCAGUGAACUGGUUGAUCAGCUACAGCAAGUACAUGCGGGCGCUGGACGAGUACUACGAGAGGAACUUCCCUGAACUUGUGCCCCUCAGGACCAAGGCCAAGGAAAUCCUGCAAGAAGAAGAAGACCUGGCCGAAAUCGUGCAGCUAGUGGGGAAGGCAUCCCUGGCAGAAGCGGAUAAGAUUACACUGGAAGUCGCCAAACUGAUAAAAGACGACUUUCUCCAGCAGAACGGAUACUCGGCGUAUGACAGGUAUUGUCCCUUCUAUAAGACUGUUGGGAUGUUACAAAACAUGAUCGCCUUCUAUGACAUGGCGCGACACGCGGUGGAGGCCACGGCGCAGGCGGAGAACAAGAUCACGUGGUCCAUCAUCCGGGAGAACCUGGGGGACAUCCUCUACAAACUCAGCUCCAUGAAGUUCAAGGAUCCUGUGAAGGAUGGAGAAGCCAAGAUCAAGGCCGACUACGCCCAACUGUGUGAGGAGAUGCAGACGGCGUUCCGCAGCCUGGAGGACUGAGCCGCCACUGCUGUAACCUCACACACAUUAUAGGGGGCGCUCUAUACAAGGGAACAACAGAAGAAGAUGGCAGAGGAGACCCCCUGAAACCCCCAGCCUCCCGGAGCCCCUCAAAGGUUCCAUAUAAUGGACAGGUGUAUGAGGGCCCCGGAGAGGACGCUGGGUCCCCAAUAUCUCCUACUACACCCAGGAGAGGACAAUGAUGGUGGAUAUUAAUCUGGAGAAUAAAGAGAUUCAUCUA